AUGGACAAAAUUUACCUUAAAGUAUUCGAACUUAGCGGGCUGCAGGAAGAUGAUUGUGGCAGUUACUACAUAAAAAUAUACUGGAAAAAUAAAAAAUAUAAAACGUCCAUACAGAGAGAUGGGUACUACUUUUUCAAUGAUGAUUUCCUCAUACCAGUAGAAAACUUAGAAAAGGAGAAGAAGGAAAUGCUGUCGAUAGAAGUGUGGAUGGUAGGAAUAUUGAACAAAAAAAUUGCAUACACUUUUUUUACCUUGGAAUUUAUAGAAAAGGAAAGAACACUAAGACAAAAGGUGCAGUUAAUUGACAUUAUAAAAAAAUGCACUGUAGAGUUAUCUUUGAACCUAGUUAGGACCCAAAUGGAUAUAACAUUUUUCAACGUUAAAGAAAUAUAUCAACACAAAACCGAUCAAGAAAUAAGAAAUAUCAUUUUGAUACAUAGGAAUCAAGAUGAAGUUGUUAAAAUUCUGAGAAAUAGCCAUACACAAUUGCCCACACACAGUAAAGAGUGGCCAGAACAAAAUGUAUCUUCUGUUCCACAGUAUACACACACAGCUCACGAAUCAGAAAUGCAAAAUAGACACUACCACUAUAACACAGGAAAUCAUAGAAAUGAAUUAUCCCAUGUGUCUAAUAAUAUUCCAUUUUCUACCUCCAACCAGUUGAAUAAUCCAGCAAAUGUCAUAAAUAAUACACCCUCACAUAGCGUGAAUAUGAAAAUAGACACUAACAAUUGUGAUAUAAAAUACAUCAAAAACUCUUUUCCUAACCCUAGUAUAUUACCUAAUUUGUAUGAUGACAAUAACCAGAGGAAUCAAAAUUAUUAUCAAAGUAAUCUAUACAAUAUUGGUUCUGCAUCUCCUUAUUCAGAUAAAAUUCUACAUUGUUCCUCUAGAAAUAAGAAAAAGGCAUUACUUAUAGGAAUAAAUUAUUAUGGUUCCAGUGAAGAAUUGAAUGGAUGUACAAACGAUACAGUGAGAAUGAAAAAUUUGUUAAUUUCAAAAUAUAAUUUUUAUGAUUCAUCAACAAAUAUGGUUAGAUUAAUUGAUAACGAAAUUAACCCAAUUUAUAGACCUACAAGAAAAAACAUUUUAUCUGCUUUGACAUGGUUAACUAAAGAUAAUCAAGCAGGAGAUGUAUUUUUUUUUCUAUACUCAGGACAUGGUUCUCAACAAAAGGAUUAUACAUGUAUAGAAGAUGAUGGAUAUAAUGAGACGAUAUUACCAUGUGAUCAUAAAACGCAAGGACAAAUUAUCGAUGAUGAAUUGCACAAGUAUUUGGUUCAACCUCUAAAUGAUGGGGUUAAAUUAAUUGCAGUAAUGGAUUGUUGUAACGCAGGUAGUUGUAUAGAUCUGGCAUAUAAAUACAAAAUGAAAUGUAGAAAAUGGAAAGAAGUGAAAAAUCCAUUUCACGUAGUGUGUGAUGUUAGCCAGUUCAGUGGAUGUAAAGAUAUGGAAUUUUCUCAUGAAAUAGAAACAGGUACACAUGCCCCUGGAGGAUCCCUUGUCACUGCAAUGAUACAUGUUUUGACUACAAGCGUGGAUUCAUAUAAAACAGGAAAUAUAGUACCAUAUUCUAAUGCGCUUACAUAUGACCAUUUACUACAAAAUGUUAGCGAUUACAUUAAGAGUUAUCAUAACCAAAAAAUUGUUUUCAUGGCUUCACAGAAAUUUAGCAUUGACCAACGAGUUUUUGAUUUCGAACACAUUCUAAAAAAUAAAAAUGACAAUUUGGGACAAAAUAUCAACAAGCUUGUGAAGAAAAAGAAAAAAAAAAAAAACAAGGAUUAUUUCAAACGAGACUUUUUUUCCUUCUUCUGA